AUGUUCUCCGACUUGAGCGCACAGAAAGAGGGCUCCUCUCUGCUCUGUCGCCCUGCCUCCGAGGACCAGGGACCAGUGUUUGAGAGGAUGUCGCUGGCCUACAGUCCUUGUUCCGAGCACUACAGAGUUGGCGAGAGGAGCUUCAGUCGCCAGUAUGCUCAUAUUUACGCAGCACGACUUAUGCAGAUGAGGCCGCUGCUGACAGAGAGAGCCCAGCAGAAGUGGGGAUCAGAUGUGCUUAUCAGGAAGCUGUGUGAUCUUCAAACAGGGGAGCAGUGUUGCAUUGUGGGCACCUUAUUCAAGCGCAUGGAAUUGCAGCCAUCUAUUCUGAGAGAGAUCAGUGAGGAGCACAACCUGAUGCCCCAGCCCGCACGAGUUAAAUACAUCAGCGAAUCGGAUGAGCUGAUUCUGGAGGAUGAGCUCCAGAGGAUCAAACUAGAUGGCAAAAUUGACAGAGACAAGUGUGUCACAGGUAGUGUUAUUGCAGUAUAUGGAGCUGAGAGGAAUGAUGGGAAGUUCACAGUUGAGGACUUUUGCACAGCUGAUCUCCCUUUGCAGUCAGCAAGACCUGCCCUCAGCUCGGACAGGUUUGUGCUCCUGGCCUCAGGACUAGGCCUGGGCAGUAUUCAUGCAGAUAGCAUGCUGGGGCUACAGCUGCUGGUUGACAUGGUAACCGGUCAGCUUGGUGACCAGGGGGAGCAGAGCGGGGCAGCAACAAUUUCCAGGGUCCUACUGGCUGGAAACCUUUUGAGCCAAAACACCCAGGACAAGGAUGCAACAUCCAAGCCCAAAUACCUCACCAAGAAGACUCAGGCAGGCAGUGUGGAAGCCAUUCGUCUGCUGGAUGAACUGCUGCUUCAGCUGGUGGCCUCUGUUCCCGUGGAUGUAAUGCCAGGCCAAUAUGACCCCACCAACUACACCAUCCCACAGCAGCCUCUCCACCGCUGCAUGUUCCCCCUGUCCGCAGUGUACCCCACACUAAAGCUAGCAUCCAAUCCAUACCAGGCUAACAUUGAUGGAGUGAGGUUCCUGGGCACAUCGGGCCAGAAUGUCUGUGACAUUCAGAGGUACAGUAGCAUGGACAGUCAUCUGGAAAUACUGGAGGAAACGCUACGACUCAGACACCUGGCCCCUACGGCACCUGAUACACUCGGAUGUUACCCAUUUUACCAAAAAGACCCUUUCAUCUUGGAAGAGUGUCCCCAUGUUUACUUCAGUGGCAAUGCCCCAACCUUCGAGUCCAAGCUCAUCAAAGGUGCUAAUGGCCAGGAGGUCCUUUUGGUUACCAUCCCUGACUUCAGCAGCACCCAAACAGCAUGCCUGGUCAAUCUACGCACUCUUGAAUGUGAGCCAGUCAGCUUCUCUGCCUUCUCGGCUGACGACGAUGAGGAAAGUGAGAUGAACAUCAGUCACUGAGGGUCCAUAUCCACACACAGCACAACAUGCUGAGAACUCUCGGACACCACUCAUGUAUAUUCAGACUUUUUCUUGACUAGAGACUCUGGAGUCACAUCUACAUUGGGCCAGUAAUUACAAUCCUUGCUACACUGUUGCUUUCCAUUAUGAUAAAGGUCAAUGAAUUGCUGUUAAAAUUGUCUCAUAAGGUUGUCACAAAUAUGAUGAAAAAAGAGAACACAAAUGUUUUGUAUAAACAAGCCUUUAUUUGAAAAAUAACUCCUCUAACCCAGCUGUGUCUUAGGACACACAGCAGAAGACUCUUAUCCUCUGACUCUGCUACCAAUUGUUAAUAAAAGCUUCUCAGACCUUUA